UAAAUCAGCAUUCAUUUACCUUUCAUGCUUUGCCUCAAUUGAGCUUCUAAUUUUAAGUCCAUUUACUAAUACUUGUAUCUUUCAAACUCCUCAAAUCUUGUACGGAGCUACUAGAGAACCGAUCUCCCUUAAGAGAGCACAGACUAGCUUCCUGUACUAAGAGGCUAAAAACUUAACAAGCAACAAGCUCUCAGGCCCAGCGGUCAUCCAUCAGGCAGACCUGUGGCUUUAUGUCCACCACAGUGUGGACCCCCUGCUAAGAAGAAGAAGAAGAAGAAGAUGGUGCCGGUGCCGGUGGUGUGUAGAGGCCAUCGUUCCACUUCCAGACGUUCCUAUUCAAACAUUCUAGAGCUCUAAGACUCCAGCAGAGAUGAAGGAGUUACCCGCAUUGCAGGAGUCUUCUGAUGCAGUCAAGUUAGGUGCAGGUCUCGAGCUGUGUCAUCAUACAGCUGAAGACUGCAGGCAGAUGGAGCAUUCCUUGCCAAGUUGUGUCAUGGAAGCUGUGAAGAUUGAGCCUCGUGAUGAGCAGCAAUCAAACUGUGACUUGGGGCUCCCAGCUGGCUUCCUUGAAGUGGAGAAAGAGGAACCUUUCUUCAUGAAAGAAGACAGUGCUACAGUUGCUGACUUCAAACCGUUCCAAAUUCCAUUCCUGGGCUUGGAUUCUCUCAAGGCAGAUUCUGUCGAGGCUGGGGCAUCUUCAUCCAUCCCCCAGGCUCUUCCUCCUCUGAGACUGCCUGCUUAG